UGCAUUCAUUCAUGUUUCUCAUCCUGUAAUUAUUUCACAUCGUCAUACUGCUUUCUCAACUAUCUGUUCUGUCUGCUGGGAAACCUGCUUGUUGUGUACAUACAUUCCACUCGCAGACAAGAGCAGAAUCCGACAACUCUACGGUUUGUCGACCAGCGUCCAUCCAUGUUCGCUCGCCAGGUCGACCCUCUCAUGCACUUUCGCUCGUCCCUUUCUGUUGCGGAGCAGCACCAUAGGAUCCAGCAAGAGAUGGUCGACCAACAUUCCGAUAGCACAUUCUUCUCUGUUGCUCAGCCUUCCCCUCAUAAUAUACAGAGCAUCAAUAGCAAUGUUAAUAUUAUUGAUAAUAACAUUCUCUGCACAUCUAAUUUUCUGCCCAGUGAUUUCAGUGGCAACGAUGGCAACAACGGAAACAAUUAUAGCAGAAAUUAUAUCAACAACAACACUUGCGACCUAAAUAAUAUAAAUACAAAUACAAGCAAAAAGAGUACAGGCACAGAUACAGCUACAUCAACCACGAAUGCAGAUAGUAACCCCUACAAGCGGAAACACACUUUCCAUUUUGAGCCCGAGUUUUUUGCUGCCUUGGACGAAACAACUAGUGAUGGUGAAAUUAUUGGUAAAAAGAACAACCCUAUGUCGACGACCUCGACAUCCCCACAAAGGACGGGCUUCUCUUGGAUGGCAAGGCCUCUGAAAAGAGCCAAGAGAUCCAAAUCCAAUUUGGCCUCGCUUAAUCCAAAUUUCAAUCCUGUCUAUGAGUAUGAGGCAUCACCGCAUCAGAUGAAUAAUGUAUCUUCCUCUCUGUCGGCAUCACAGUGUACAGUGCCUUCCUUUUCCACGAUCUCGGCCUUACGCCCCACCUCUGGCAACAAUAUUACCUGUUCAACAUCAACAUCAACCUUUGCAACAACAGCAAAAUCGCCAUCGUCAUCAAAAAUAGCAACAGCAAAAACGAACCCAUCAAUGAGGUAUCUAAACUUAAACGGGCCCAGUAUUAUUGAUUUGUCAUCCGGAGAAGAGCUGGUAGUGUUGCAUUUGGGAAACAAUGAGCUUAAGCGAAGAAGGGAUGAUUCGCUGUUGUCGUCUAGUACACGAACGGAGAAUUUCUUACUGAAGGCAUAUGAAUACAAGGAUGAUGGAACUUUGACGCCAAUUCCUGAUCUAGAUCAUCGCGAGCGGCCAUUCACACAACCUUCUCCAGCAAAGAAAGUGCGGUUGAGUAGAUCUAAUCAAAGAGGGCCCCAUUUGGAAUUCAUUGAAGAUUGUGAAGCAGUAUCGGUUGACGAUCAUCAAAGAGGGCUAACAGGCGAGGAAAAAUGGAGCCAAAAAUCAGUCGACAGAGACAAUGGCAGAGAUGGAAGCAAAGGCCGAGGCGGAUUCUAUCAAAGUACCGAGGGUGGUCGAUAUCAUCGACCCACAGUUUAUGGCGCCUUUUGGAACGGAACCGGAACUUCUGUACGCUUGAGAGGAUCAAGGAAUAUGAGGCGGGGGAGCCGCAAGGCUACGGUUGGUACCCGAUUUUGGGCUGAUUUUGACCAGGAAGGCUCGAGAAUCAAUAAAGGAGAUGAUGAGGCGAAAGAUGAACUCGAGAUACCGUUUGCAAAUGACAGUGAGGAUAAGGAUGAGAAUGAGGUACAGGAUAAAGAGAAAGCAAGAGUUGGAGGAGGUAAUUUGGUACGAUCCAAGAACGUUUGCAACUUGUUUUAUCUUGCGGAAGGAUUUGAAAAGCCUAGUCAGAGUCAUUGGAGAGACUUGGCACGUGCGCACUUUAUUCCUGAGAAUGAAGCUGAAGUUCAUGAAUUGGUACUCUAUCGGUCCCCAGAUCUUACGAAUGAUUCCAUCGAAGACAAUAUAUUAAACUACGAUGGGGUGUGGGAUGCGGACGAAUUUCAUCGACAGUACCAUCAUCAUACUUCUGCGUUCAUUGAGGAAUUAAAUGAAGACACAGGCAAUGGAGACGUGGCUGAGGUUGAUUAUGAUGGCGAUGACGAUGAUGAUGGCAUUGAUGAUGAUAAUGAUGGGGGUGUUAUACCCGACAACGAAGCAGGAAGUCCGCCUGAAAAUGCACAUUUAAUGGAUCUGGAGGAGAAGAUCAUGGACAUGGAUCUUAAUUAG